CUUGAAUCCACCCCUUUUUACUGACUGCUUUGCUGCUCUUCCCUCUCCUUUUCAUGAGAAACUACUGAACGUGGAAGAAAGGCUCCACACUCCAUAGUCAUGGCACUCUUUUCUUCCCUCACACCAGUAUUUAUAGCCAUCAUAUGUGUUUUGAUUGGGGUAAUAAUGAAGAAGACAAAUGGAGAGAAGGAAAAAUGUGACACUAAAAGCAAGCAUCCAUCUCGCCCAUUGGUGGAUGAAGAUUUAAAAGAUGGCACUGACCAUCCCUUAGAAGAAGAAGAGGGUGAGGAAGAGUGGCAAGGACUUGAAGAAAAUGUUGCCCAUGUCCCCUUCACUAGCGAGCGCUACUCUGAGGCUGAAAUGAUUAAGAGGUCACAGACAUUCUAUGAGCUUCUAAAUAAGAGGCGAUCUGUCAGGUUUCUCAGUGAUGAGCCAGUCCCCAGGGAGGUUAUUGAUAAUGUCAUCAGAACAGCAGGUACUUCACCCAGUGGAGCACACACUGAGCCCUGGACCUUUGUGGUAGUGCAAGAUCCGUAUUUAAAACAUAAGAUUCGUGAAAUUGUAGAAGAAGAAGAGGAAAUCAACUACAAAAAAAGGAUGGGAGACAGAUGGGUUAAUGACCUGAAAAGAUUGAGAACAAAUUGGAUCAAAGAGUACUUGGACACUGCUCCGUAUCUGAUCCUCAUUUUCAAGCAGGUAUAUGGGCGGCUUCCAAAUGGCAAAAAGAAGACCCACUACUACAAUGAAAUCAGUGUUUCCAUUGCCUGUGGUAUCCUGCUUGCUGCACUGCAGAACGCGGGUCUGUGCACGGUGACCUCCACACCGCUGAACUGCGGCCCCCAGCUCCGGGUGCUGCUCCAGCGGCCAGCGAACGAGAAGCUCCUGUUGCUGCUCCCUGUUGGCUAUCCCAAGAAGGAUGCCACUGUGCCUGCGCUGACUCGGAAGCCUCUGGAAGACAUCAUGGUGGUGAUGUGAGCCCAGUGCCAGGGGAAGGGGAGCAACCCUGCUGACAGCUGAAGUUGUCACUGCUGUUUCUGUGCAUCGUCCCCCUAUGUCGCUGUGGCUCCGGCUGUUUACACCUCUAUUUCUUUUUGUGCUAGUAAUCUACUAACAGCAGUGGGCAGUCAAGCACUGUGCAUUGGACAGCUGCUGUUACCUGUCUGACCAGGGUGUUGUUCCAGGGGAUAUGUACCAUGGCAUUUAAAUGAUCUCAUCACUUGAUUUUUCUGAUGCAUUUUGGGGACGGACCUCUUCUUGAACUGGAAGAAAUAUUUUCUUUAUACUUUUGUGAUUGCCAUUAUACAGUUUUUUUAAGAAUUUUAAUGAAGGUUGUAUUAAAAGAUAGAAAGAAGUCAAGCUGAGCUAUCUUAUCUUGGCCAGUGUGUGCUGUUUAAAUGUCACUUCCCCUUUACUGUGUUUACUGUGUAUAGAAAGAUGGUAUUUUUCUUCUAUAUGGUAGGAUUUCUCUGCUUGAUUGAUUCUCAGAAACUUUCUUAAACUAUUGCAGCUACGAGUGUCUCAGGUUGUGGGAAAUUUAGUAGGAACACGGCAUACAAAUAAUUUUCUUGUUACCAUUUAUUUGUACGUGUUCCAGGCACAGUUAGAUCAUGUGGUAGCUAUCAGUCGUGCCCCUGGAGGGAACUGCAAUUCUGGUUAUCCUGUUUAUACCUACAACUACACCAGCUUAACACCCUGAAAGCGAGACUGCUUUAGACACCCUGACACGCGGGAGGUGCUUGCACGUCAACCCCAAUCCGGGAUUCGGGAGCGGCGCGCUGGAAGGGCUGGCGCUGCCGAUGCCGGGCGGGCAGAGCCCCCUCGUGGGGCCGCCGCUCCGCCAGCAGCGAGAGGGGAAAGGCUGGAAGAGACGCGUCCUUCCUGCAGGCUCUCCGUCCUGGGAAAUACUUCCGCACCCUCAUCUCUGCUGCAUCCAACGCCAGGCACUUUCAGCCAAAUUGGCUUCAGCCGUCCUUGAGGGAUGAGAUUCUGGAGAGCAGAGCCGCGGAAAGGGACCUGGAGGUCCUGGUCGAUGGCAAGGUGAACAGGAAGCAGCAGUGCCCUGGCAGCCAGGAGAGCCACCCAUGCCCUGGGGGCAUCAGGCUCAGCAUGGCCAGCCAGGCAAGGGAGGGGAUUGUCCUGCUCUGCUCUGCACUGGGGCGGGCUCACCUCCAGUGCUGGGGGCAGUUUUGGAUGUCACAGUACAAGACAUAAAAUUGUUAGGGAGUGUCCAAAGGAGGAGCAAUGAAGACGGUGAAGGAAGGACCUGAGGGAAUGGCCUGAAGUUGUGUCAGGGAGGUUUAGGAUGGUACUAGAAAGGGGUUCUUCACCCAGAGGGUGGCUGGGCACUGGAACAGGCUCCCCAGGGAAGUGGCCACAGCACCAGCCUGACAGAGUUCAAGAAGCAUUUGGACUGUGCUCUUGGACACUCGGUGUGACUCUUGGGGGUGGUGCUGUGCUGGGCCAGAAGCUGCACUCGAUGAUGCUUGGGGAUCCCUUCUAAUUCAGCAUAUUCUGUGUUCUGAGUUAACUCCCUCCUUAUCUGAAAUCUAACCUGUUCUAGUUGAAGGCUCAGCAGGGGGACUGAAAAUAUAGGAUCCUUAAGGUUCCUUUGAAUUCAAACCAUUCUAUGAUUCUACAAGUCAAAUCCCAUUUACCAUCACUUGUCAGCUAAGAAAGUAGAGGGGAUAAAGUUUUGCAGGGGUCCAGAUUUUGGCCAUGUCAAUGCCUCUGUCACCUACUGGGAAAAACUGUUUUCUUCUUUGACAGACCAUUUUGCUGGUAUUUAGGAGAUAUGGCAAUGUCUUCUUGUGUUGUACUAGCCUGUUUCAUGCUCUCAGUGGUACAGCUAUGGCAGCUAUGGAAGCUUCUUGUGCAGGCCUAGUCUGAGAUCAGCUCUUGUAACUACAGUCAAACAAAAUCUAAAAAGAAAAAGAAAAAAAGAAAAAAGAAAAAAAAAAAGAAA